AGACAUUUGAGCCCAUAUUUUGGGCGGGCCAAGUUAUAAACCCAAAUUUGAAGUCUCAUUUCCCGCCAGUUCGAUAUACAUCACUGUUUUGACGGAAAACAAUCUCCGGCAACGGAAGGAUGCCGACGGUUUUUAUCGCCGUUCAGUGUUGCGAAUGCUCCACCAUGCAGGUAAAGCAGCAGAAGAAGAGUAGCAACAAAUGGACCUGCGUGGUUUGUAAUCAGAAACAGUCUGUUCGGAAAGUGUUCGCCCAGGGGUAUAAGGCUAAGGAAAUUCGCCUAUUUGUUCAGAGUUUCAAUAUGUCUCGCCAAUUUACGGAUCAAUUGCCUGUGAUAGACAGAGAAGAAAUUGAAACCCUAGAUAUCGAAGAGCAGAAUCUAAGUCAUGGAAGUUUGAAGAGAAAGGAUUGGACAGAGUACCUUGAUCCAGAAGAAGAUGCAAUUGGAACUGAUGAAGUUUCAGGAGACGUUGUGGAGCCGAAGAUUGUGACGGAGUUACCCAAAGAAUUAUUCAGAAGGCCUAGGUUGAACAACUACUCUGCUGUUGCAGGUAAUUUCAAACCAGUUUUCUCAAAGCGGAAUGCCAGAAAACAAAGCACAUCUCAAGGUUACCGGAAUGCACAAAACACAGAAGUUGAACCAAGCAAACAUCAGGCAACAAUGGCAUCGGUGAUAUCCAAGUGGGGAGAUAAUAGAACAACUCCACUAGACGUGUCUGCUCAGCCAGCAGCAAACAGUGUUUGCAAACUGAAUGAAGGCAUCAACUUAUAUGACAAUGACAAUUAUAGAAAUGAAGGAGAACUUGGUUAUGGAAUGUCAGUACACAGAAGUCAGCCAAAGACGGCCAACAAAGUCUCCAAAUGGGCCGAGUACAUAACUGAAGAUGAAGAUGAUUGUCUCUCACAGUUUGCUAGUGGGAGAGGAUUCACGUCUGAAUUAAAUGAAUAUAUCAUCCGAAAUGACCAUGACGAUUAUAUAAAUGGUGAAGGAAAUCUUGAUUAUAGCAAGUCAGAAGAGAGAUGUAAUCCAAACACAACCAACAAAGUCUCCAAAUGGACCGAGUACAUAAUUGAAGAUGAAGAUGAUUGUUACUCGAAGUUUGCAAGUGGGAGAGGAUCCACAUCUGAUGUCAACAGAUGGAGUGGCAAUACCUUUGAGACCUCAUUGAAGGAUCAAAGACUAGAUGACGAAGAAAUCCACCCCGAUUUUCUCUAGGCUGACAGCAAGGGAGUAGUUUAGUUUGAUUUAGUGUUGUAUCUUUUUUAUAGCACUGUGUUAAUACAGUGGACUGUAAGACGUUUAUAAGCUUGAAGUAUGACUAUGAAGCCGCGAAAUACUGCAAGUUCUCGACAUGAAAAGGAGAAGAGGAAAUGCCUGAAAGUCUUCUAAGUAAACUUCAUAAUGUCAAUUAUCCCAGGUAAAGAAGGGACAGACACAACACACCUUUUACCAACAGAUCAUGUUUAAGAUCAAAGGAGCUUUGUCAUGUCCUUGCACAUUAGACUGCAUAAAUAUUAUCCAUCAGUGACCCUAAAGUUAGCACCAAGUUUCACUUAGACAUGUUAGCAAGGCUGUUUAUUUUAGACACCUCAUGUAAGGUUUUAUUGUGUCAUUUUAACACUUUUUGCGCAAGAGUAUGAUACACUCGUUUAUUGCGCGUGAAAAGCUUAUUUAGCCAUUUUUUAGUUA